GUACUUCCGAGGUCUUCCGAGUUAAAAUGGCAGGGCAGGCAAUGUUUGUUAUAUUUUUAUUUUUAUUCCAAUUAAAAGAUAUUGUAUCAGCACAGGAUAAGGAAAACCUCCUGAUCAACGUGACAGCAAGGGUACUGGAAGAUAAUCAAGAGUCUAACUUGCAGAUUCAUUUUAAUUUUUCAGUUGUAGGUCGAAACAACAUAUUGUUAAACGAUGUUCCUGUGGCGUAUUCGGGGGUGACCCGAGUCAACUGUCAAGCCCUUCUCCUAAAUAGCACAAAUGGAAGUAGUGUGUUUGAAGGCGGAGACCUGGUAUCUACUGUCACUCGGGUUAUGGUGACAGAUUCGCGACUGCAUGAUGAUUAUGAAGAGGUGGUGACUCUGUACGUGUUUAGUGAAGUCAUCGAGUUGGAGGGCAAACAGGUUCAGCAGCCUGAUAUGAGUGGGGUGAAAAUACUGUUGAUUGAUGAUUUUGUUAAACAAUCUGAGUAUACCAACAUUUACCCAAUGACACACAGUGAGAUUGUCAAGGUUUCCCAAGAAAAUAAUGUGGUUUUCACAGAUCCAACAAACUAUAAAAGAGAGCAAAUGAUGCUACAGACGACCAGUCAGUACCCUCUGAAAAACUUGGAGACGACACAAGAAGAGAUCGCCCCUGCAGGAAAACUUCCAGAGACACCACUUCGCAUGGAUCCUGAUCUCUUGACUGAUAUAUUGUACAAACCAAACGCAGUUGAAGCGAAAAGUCAAGAAGAUAUGAUUCCAAUUAAGAGUACACCCAAAGAAUUCCUCUCAUACUCGGCCAUGUGUCGCUGGGCGGAAGAUUUUAGGGAGCGACUAAGAUAUUUCUUCUCCGAGUCAAUUCCAACCUUCUUCCUGAUUAUGUGUGUGGUCGUCGUCGGUGUUGUCGGAUCCGGGCUCAUUGUCAAGAUGUUGGAAUUCGUCUUCCCAUUUUUUGAACACAAGCCCGUUUGUCAGCUUACCUCAGUCACACUGUUGACGGAAGACGAGAAGCACCCUCUUGUGGAGAACAGAGAAUUAGAAGAAGAGGAAGUGAUGGCACUUAAUUAAGACUAAAUUGGCUGGGUACUUUCCUGUCAGUUUUUCUUACUGUCCCUCUUGUUGUGUGACCAGAAGUUAUUUGGUCUGGUUUGGUUGCUGUUACUUUUGAUGGUUUUGUCUUUAUGGCAUGAAAGUUUCUGACAACUAAUGUGAUGGGCUGCUUUCAAACAAAUAUGAAGCAAGUAAGGAUCUUUACACAAGAGAAGCAUUAAGACGAUGAGCCUAUCAUUAACCAACCACACGACAAUUACCUUACUUAAGCUACACCACAGUAUUUUAACAAUUGAAGCAGUUUUUUCCUAGCCUGGCACGCCAGAAUGAUUGUUCCGUAUAUCCCUUACGCAUAUAUUGCACAGAUCAAUCUGGGAGAUAUCUAAUUGAGCCCUAUUUCAAAGGAACUUUUAAAAAAUAUAUAGCUGCUGAUUGGAAGAUGGUUGUUGUCGUACACUGAUCGCCGACUAAUCUACGUAAACCACAGUAUGACAACGUAUUGGUUUACGGAAGAGCAAAAACAUUGUUUCCUGUCAAAAGAAAACUUGUCUUGAUGUUCUUUGCUCUUCUUUUAAGUAGCAAAUUAAGUGUAUUUCCAACCAAACUUCAGAAAUUGACCUAUCUACAAGAACUGCUUUGCACUCCGCUAUUGUAUACAACAAAGUUGCUUCCUGGUCACGUCCGCAGCUUCUGCCUCUUUCUCCCGAUCGGCUUGGUCAUCAGAUAGCCAUGAAGUGGUUAGACACUUGAAGUUGUCAAGACAGUACUGUAUGAUGAAUCAAUGAAUCAGGCUUGUAAGGUAGAUGUCUUCCCAUACAUCUGCAAACAACAUCUACUGCUGUAUGCUAUACGAUUUGCGAUACAAGGCUCACGAUAACGACGAGCUCACGAUAUGGCGAUACAGUUAUCAAUACGCGGGUCAGGAAUUUCUAGGGUAUUCUACAAAACAAUAAAUAAACAGAAAAACAAGCUAUUUCCUGAUCCCUCUACUGUGAAUUCGAAUAAGUUUAUCACAAGUAGAUGCCCAAUCCGUUUGAACUGGGAGGGUUAGCAGCGAAUUCGUUCAUAUUGGACGUCUAUGCCCAUCAGUGGAAGCCAGUGCCAGGCAAUAUGUUAAUUUUUGGGCAUUUCACGUCAUUUUCUGUUGAUUUUCGUUCACUUCCUUUUCCUUUUGGGGCAUUUAUGAGUCACUUCCUGUUGAUUUCGUGGCAUUCAAGGAUCACUUGCUUUUGAUUUCGGGUUACUGAAAAGGAGAAGGACUCAAAAAUGUCCCCAAUGAAUACGAAGUGACUCAAAAUUAGAGGUCGACCGAUAUGUCGGCCCGAUAAAUGGACUUUUUUUCCAACAUCGGCCGAUUAAAAAAAAAAAAAAAAAAAGAAGCCGAUAAAAAAGGAUUCUGAUCAGGCAUCUGUGUGGUCAGCUGUGGCCGCCGCUGACUGAUGGUAGGACUCCGGAAGGACCUCGCAUCAGCUUGAAGGCAGGCUGCUACAGGAAGCUUCAGGCUUUCCUGUUUUUUAUACAGUGCCUUGCAAAAGUAUUCGGCCCCCUUGAACCUUGCAACCUUUCGCCACAUUUCAGGCUUCAAACAUAAAGAUAUAAAAUUUUAAUUUUUUGUCAA